CUGUGUUGCGGCUGCGGAGGGGAGAGAGAGGAUGGCGCACGCGGCCAGAGCGCACUGGAUAUCCUCAUUCAUCAUGAUGGCUGUAACAGCCUUCUGUAUAACCUGGAUCAUCAUAUCCAGAAAGGAGAUUAAACCCAGCACAAGCAAAAUCAACGGUACAUUAUUGGAAGAUCUGUUCAAAAAUCUACCCUCCAAAGCAUUUAGUCUUUUUAAAGUGAAGAAUUCCACCGCAGAGAAAAAUCUUCUGGUCUGGGAGAAAGAGGAAGAUGUCAACAAUUUCUCCCUGAAUGAAAGCAAAACAUUGAUAAAGGUGGAGGAGCAGGGUGUUUAUCUAUGCUAUGUACAUCUCACAUACAGUCUCGAAAAGGAUGGAGACUUGUCGAGCAAAGAGCUGGUUGACCUCAGCUGGGUUAUGACAAUAAAUUUUCCUGAGAGUACAGAGGACUUCGUUGGUGCCUUUGACACUCGACAACUCACAGAAAAGGAGCAAGACGUCCAACUCUCAGGCUUCUUCCUGCUCCACUUUAAAGCAGGGAACACACUCUUCAUAUCAUCACCCUCGAGGAUGAGGAUAAACACAAAUAUUUCUAAACCAUUCUCCAGUUACAUCACCUUUGUUCGGAUUGCUGACUGGUCAGUCUGAGUAGGGACAAAUUUCCCGUAAGUUCUUAAAUCUGCUCUAUGUUUGUUAGCUAUUUUCCUUCUUGCCACUCAAGCAUGACAGAGAUAUGACAACUCAACAAAUUCGGAGUGUUUGCGAACAGAGGUGCAAUAUUUAUCUAAUUUUUUCUUCUUCUUUGUUUUGUUUUUUUCUCCUCCCCCUUCGUUACAUAAUGUUCCCGACUCAUGAUUUUCUGAGAAGCAUGACACAUUUUCCGCCCAUAAGAGACAAAAGUGAUUUUCACUUUGUUUCAGGGUUGUUAUGACUCAGUUGAGAAAGAGCAUCAUGCCUGCUUCCUCAUUUCUCGGUUUGACGAAAUGAGCACACACAAACUUAUUGUCACCUCCAAUAGCUGCCGCAAUUGAUGCUUCAUUACGUUUGUGAAACGAUGGAUCAGUUUUUUGGAUGAUGUUUUAUGUGAAAUCUUAAAGCAAAAAAUUGAAGAAAUAGGGAUAGUUAAAUAAUAUAAUAUAUGAUGAACUCUAUCAUAUAAUUCUCUUUGUGUUUUUUUAGAGUAUCAUAUAUUUACAACCUCAUUUAAACCGAAGAUAAAGCUAUGCAAUUAUAUAAAUGCUUUAAUCGUGGUGUUUAUAUAUAUAUAUAUAUAUAUAUAGUUCGGGGAAAAUAUAGGUUUAUCCAUUUUUUUCUAAACACUCAAUAUGAAUGAUGUAUACUUAACUGAGAGUUGAAAUGUCGGUGCACUUCAGGUAGUACCACUGAUGCUUCUUUUUCCUGAAAAUUAGUAUUUCUUUAAAUGAAAAAUUUUCAGUAUGAAAUUGAGAUGAGGUAUGUCAUACCACUCACUCACUCACUCACUCAUCUUCUAUACCGCUUUAUCCUGUGUUCAGGGUCUCAGAGCCCUGGAGCCUAUUCCAGGAAACUUAGGGCACGAGGCAAAGAACACCCUGGACAGGGUGCCAAUCCAUCACAGGGCACACACACAUACACUCACUCACACACUCAUUCAGUAUGUCAUACCAUAACACACUAAUUUAGCAGCCAUGAAGCUGAAAUUUGUUGCAUUGUUAUAAUUAACAUUUAUAUAUUUCGGAACCUCAAGUAAGUAUAUUUUUCUCUGAGUUGUUUGUAAUAGGCUCAGGGUUGAGCUUAACGAUCUUGAUUCCCUGACUGAACUAAUGAGUUAGUUAUCAUAAAGUCAUCUUUAAAAGAAGGGUUACAUGACACAAAAAACCAUUUUCCUUGUUUUGGGUUUGUUAUGAGUCAACUGAAAAAAAAAAACAAUUCUGCAAGGUCAGAUCAGAUAGAGAUGCUGAUCAGGAGAAGGAAAAGCCUUUGUAUUUAAUUUAAUUUUAUUUUAUUUUUAUUAUUAUUAGACUGUGUUUUUGUUUGUUCCUUGUUUCUUGUAGUAAAGCAGCAUUGGGUAUGAGAAGUGAGAAAGAUCCUUUUAAUAUUAUUAUUAUUAUUAUUAUUAUUAUUAUUAUUGCUGUGUUGUUUUUUUGUUGUUGUUGUUAUUGUUGUUGUUGAAUCCUGUUUUGACAUUUGAGCAACUACUCCUCAGACAUAUUUGAUUGUAUAUGAUUCUUUUUUUAUUGUUAGCUUAAACAAUACACUCAUGUUGAAAGAUUGAAAUGGACUACUGCCUUCGUUCUCAAACAGCUCAGUAAUAUUGUAUUUAUCUACUGCAUUUUUUGUAAAUGUGACUAUAUUUGUUAUUUAAAGUGA